AUGGAGGAGAAGAAACGAGUCCUAGAAUAUCAAGCAAUAGUUGUUGCAGCAAUUGCAAUAGUUGUUGCAGCAAUUGCGAUAGUUGUUGCAACAACUAUGAUAAUUGCUGUAGCAAUUACAAUAGUUGCUACAAAUAGUUGUUGCAACAACAAUCACAGUUGCUACAACAAUUAUCACAGUUGCUACAGCAACUACAACAGUUGCUACAGCAACUACAACAAGGAAAAGGUUGGUGGUGUUGGUGGAAGAAGGGGUGAUGGUUGUUGUGGCAAUGGUGAAAGAGAAGGAGAAGGAGGAAGAGGUGGUGGUAGAGGAGGAGGAGGAGUUUAUGGUGGUGAGAGCCACGGAGGCGGCAAUAAGAGGGGUAGAAAUGAUGUUGACGGUAGAGGAGGAGGAAGGGUGGGGUGGGGUGGGAGGGCGGCAGAGGAGGAGGUGGGGUGGGGUGGAGUGAGAGGGCCUUUGUGUAAAUAA